AUGGGAUACGUUCCGGGGAAAGGUUUGGGGAAAAAUGCCACUGGGAUAGCUGAUCCUGUUUCGAUUGAAAUUCCUCAAGGUCGUGAAGGCCUGGGUUUCGCUUCUGAGAAAAAUGAGCGUAUAAUGUUUAGGGAAAACCUCAGACAACAAAUACAAAUGGCAUACAAAGAUGAAUUCCGAAGCACUAUGGCCGUGAGAUUCCGACAGAAUCGUUUGAAUCGACAACUAGAUGUUGCCCGUCGAAUAUGUCAAGAUCUGGAUCUGAAGGAACUUAUCGAAACUCCAGUUCACGAAUCAUUCUGGCCUCCUGUUAAUCCUGUUCCAACUGAAGCCGUGGAUAAUUCCAAGUAUGGAUCGAGCAGUUCAAGUAGCUUUAAAUCUUUAAAAGACAGAUCUGUACAUACUGUACUGUCUCAGGAAGAUUGUAUGAACGAAGACUUUCCGGAUAAUGACUUAGCCAAGCUAGAUGCAAAUCAUGCGAAUUGUGACCACACUUCUAUCCAAAGGAACUUUAUACAGCUUUUAGACUAUUUACGAAGUCGGCAUAAUUAUUGUUUUUGGUGUAGCCUUCAGUAUCAAAGUCAAUCUGAACUUUUGGAACAGUGUCCGGGGGAGGAUGAAGAUCUACACGAUUGAUUCAUUUCUUUUUAAAAAAAACAUUGUAUAUAGACAAAAAUCAAUUAUUUAAAAUAUUCGAAUGCAUUUUUAUCUGUUGAUC